AGCCACGUUCUCGUAGAAUCGUAGAAAGUUAAAAAUAUAUUAGACGUCUUGAAAUUUGCAGCUUUUCUACGAGAAUAUGCUCGUGUGUCAUCUGUCAAAUCUGAGAUAAUGUCGCGCGUUAUGUUCUUGGUGCAUGAAAAUUGUGAAUGAUCAUGAUCGAUACAUUAUUUUUAUACGGUGACAAGAUUGGAAUAAAAUUAAUUUUUAUCGCCCAUUAUGACGGAUGAUACAUCGCAAGAGAAUAUUUUAGAACAAUUAUUGGACUACGUACAAUUAGGAAUAGAAUGGAGUACAGACAAACUUAGGUCAGCGUGUCCUUCUAUAAAGAGAAAAUUGAAAAAAGAAUGUAAACCAGAGAAAGCUGAAGAUGACAUAGGUCCACCUUGCACAGAGCACCCGCGAUCUUACAUACUUCCUAGUCAAAUAUGUCCCAAAACGGCCUCUUGUUGCUAUAUAAAAAUGCAGGAUCCUUAUGCCCCACCCUGUUGCGAGACGAAACCCCAACCACCCCCUUGCCCCCCCAAAGGCUAUCGUCGGCAACCACGAGAACCAACCUGCGGCUGCGAUCUCUGCAAAAAGAACGUCGAUAGCAAGUGCUGUAAUCCGAUCGCGGCUUUUCACACUGCAGCCAGCAAUUUCAAAGCAUAAAAAUUGUGAUCUACGCGGGUAUUAUCUCCUUUCAAAUUCUGCUCUUUCUAUGUCGCGGUAAUAUAGACAAGAAAAUGUAACGAUUUUAGUAAUAUGAUUAAACAAUUAAUAGUUGCCUUCGCAAUUAUCUUAGCGUAAUAAAGCAAAAUAUAUUAAAUUAAAUAUAUUAAAGUUUCAAGCGGAAA